CGCAGCUGCGCCUAAACGCCCACGGUAUCACGCUGAGGGUGGUGGUUCCAAUCUUCGCUUCCAAUGGAGCAAGAAAACCUACGGCUGCCCCGUUAGGCCCGUGAGUCACGUGACCACGAUGGUCACGUGAUCCUGGGCGCCGCCGCGGAGGUCUGUUACCCCGACAACCACUGGCCCGCACGGACUUUCGGGAAAGCGCGGGAUUCAGAGGCAAAUGCAGGUGAGGCGCGGACGCUCUCUCUGCUCCUAAACCACCGGGACCGAGCUUGUGCCUAAGGCUUCGGUUUGUCGGGUCCGUGUCCUCCUCCGCCCGGACUCCACCGCGAAUGCGUCUCCGUUUCCCUGCCGGCCUCCAAAUCCGCGCUUCCUAGAGCCGGGACGCCCCAGGUGAGGGCCUCUCGGUGGAGCCCGCGUCGGACCAGGCUCUUGGGCGAGGCCUGAGCGGCGGGCGCGCAGACCUGAUCCAGAAUGCUGAUACCGGGAGGAAGAGGCGUUCUGCAAACUGGGGAAGUAUUUCCAGUGCUGUCAACACUUUAGAAUGUUUGCUUUGGGAAAUGAAAAUUCUUGACAAUGGCUCGUUACUCUAAAGAAGAGCUGGAUGAAGAAUUUGAACAGUUUAUGAAGGAGCUUUCAGAUGAUUCUUUUGACAAGUCAGACAAAAGGCCUAGACAACCUAGAGAACAAGUGAAGAAGAAAGAGGCAGUGCCUUGGUGGUUAACUGAAGAUGAUUUUGAAGAUGGUGGACUGGUUGGAACAAAUGUAAGCUAUUUGAAAGGAAAGAAGAGUUCUCACCCAGUGAUGGAAAUAGAAGAGGAGUCUGCUGAAAAAUCUCAGCUUCUGAAGAGCAGUGGAACCUCUAUCUUAAGUGUUGACAGCUUGGAGACAAAUGAACUGAUAGUUUCUGGGCUCGGUCCUAGUGUUCUCGGAUUGGGAUUGGACACGUUAGAAGAGCAAGAAGAGAAAGAGCAGUUUUUUGCCAGGCUUGAGAAAGGCUUGACAUCUUCCAUUGAUUAUGCACGAUUAAACAAGGAGUUGGAUUUCAAUGACUCUACACAUUUUAAAGGUUUAAAUAGUUAUGAAGCCAAUAUAGGACUGACUGAAGAUGAACAUGAGCAUGAGUCAAAACGUGAACAACUGCCAGAAAAUUACAGCGAUGACUUUGAAGAUGCCGAGGAUGUUGAUGCCCCUUUGAUUAUUAAAGACGGAGGAGAACCUCAUUCCAAAGAAAAUCCUGGAUCAGAAGAAGUGAACAGCCCCGGACAGGUAGAAGAAAAAACCGGUAUGCUGGCUAAUGUCGUGCUGCUUGAUUCGUUGGAUUCUAUUGAAGGUGCCAACCUUGAUGAACAAGAUAAAGCAACAACUACGCCAAAGGCCCUGCCAGACAUGACUGAUAAUGAAAUGACAGGAACAGCAGGUAUUUCCUAUGGACAAAGCAACAGUGACAUUGAAGCCCUACAUGAGGCCUAUUGUCUUGUAGCUCAUUCUUUGGGAGAGGCAGAUGAACAAAGAACUGAGAGUAACACAAUGGAAAUUAUCAAGAGCUCAGGGAAUGAUCAUCCUCAAGAAAAUGAGGACUCUUCCAAACACAUCUCCACUACUGAAUCUGAUCUGCCCACAGUGGAGGAAUUGAUGAAACCUAUCAGGAUAGAUUCCACUGGAGUCAGUAGUUUGGAUUUACAGCCUCUAAGCUCUCAGAAAGUGACUACGAGUAAAGACGCCGUAAAUAUUCACUCUGUACCCUUUAAGAUAAAUGCAAAUACUACGUCUCAAGACCCAAGAAAUGUAAACCACCUUUUUGACAAAAGUGACGAGAACGUGAUUUUACAAAAGGCAACAGAAAAGAAUAUGGAAAAUAGCUGUUCAACAAUAACUGUUGCAGAAGAACAUAUUGAUAAAAUGUACCUUGAUAUUUUGAGGAAAAAAAUAUCUGUUAAUUCUUCACCAUUAUCUCAGGAUGACAGAAUUAAUAAAACUUUUAAAUCCCAACUGUGCUCUGGAGAAGAAGGGACUGCAAUUGGUAAGCAGGCACCGUACAAAAAGGCCAGAAGUGCACCACCUUUGUUUAGAAGAAAACCCCAGAGUGGGUUAUAUGCCUCAGUUAGGAGCUCAGGCUAUGGUCAACCCAGUUCACCACUUAAAUUGUUUUCUACUCUUGAAAAGAAAACCUCAAAGGACGUGAAGAGUAAGAACUUGAGACCCAUUCCCAGCUCAAAUCAAGCUAAGAAAAAAGAAAUAUUAUCCGGAACAAAACUCAUCAAGCCUGCAGCUUUGAGUAAAGCAGCCCCCGAAAGUGAAAAUAGCCUGGCUGCUCCUAAGAAGUCUGAAGAGCCUACAGCAGCUGGCUCUGGUGCUCAGUUUCAGGCUGAAUUUUCAGGACAUGGUGAGAACAAAGAGAAAGAAUUGUUUAUGCUUAAAAGGGUUCAGGAAGCGGAAGAAAAAUGGAGAGGUUCAGAAGCCCUGAUUGAGCAAAUUAAAGUCACGUUCUCAGAAAAAGAGAAAGAACUGGAAAAUAAAUUGGAGGAACUAAAGCAACAACAGGAAAAAGAACUGUUCAAGUUAAGUCAAGAAAAUUAUAUUCUUCAAACCAAGUUAAGUAGCUUUGAAGAGACAAAUAGAAAACAGAGAUGGUUACAUUUUGGAGAAACUGCUGAUCCUGUCACUGGAGAAAAAUUGAAGCAAAUCCAAAAGGAAAUACAGGAACAAGAGACACUUCUUCAAGGCUAUCAACAGGAAAAUGAAAAAUUAUACAACCGAGUAAAAGAUCUCCAAGAACAAAACAAGAAAAAUGAAGAGCGAAUGUUUAAGGAAAACCAGAGUUUAUUCAGUGAAUUAUCUUCUUUAAAAGAGCAAAUGCACAGAAGUCGCUUCUUAUCCCAAGUAGUUGAAGAUUCAGACCCUAACAGAAACCAGAGUUUUACAGAUCUGUUAGCAGAACUACGGGUGGCACAGAAAGAAAAAAACAGCUUGUUGGAAGACAUCAAAAGACUGAAGCAAGACAAACAAUCUCUUGAGGUAGACUUGGAAAAAAUGAAGAAAGAGCGGGACCAAGCCAAAGAUCAGAUCGCCUAUGCCACCGGUGAAAAAUUAUAUGAAAUAAAAAUUUUGGAAGAAACACAUAAACAAGAAAUCAGUCACCUGCAAAAAAGAUUACAGUGGUAUGCUGAAAAUCAGGAACUUCUGGAUAAAGAUGCAGUUCGGCUUAAAGAAGCAAACGAAGAAAUUGAGAAGCUGAAACGCGAGAUUGAGAAACUGAAAGCUGAAUCUGGGAAUCCAUCUGCUCAGCUGAAGUUACGUUCAAAAGAUAGAGCAGCUGAGGCCAAAAAGAUUCAGGAUCUAGAGCGCCAAGUUAAGGAAAUGGAAGGAAUUCUGAAAAGAAGAUAUCCCAAUUCAUUACCUGCUUUAAUAUUGGCUGCCUCCGCCACUGGUGAUUCAGCAGAUAGAAAUACAGUGGAAUUCAUGGAAAAAAGGAUUAAAAAGCUAGAAGCUAGCCUGGAGGGCAAAGAUGAGGAAGCAAAGAAAAGCCUUCGUGCCAUGGAGCAGCAGUUUCAGAAAAUGAAGAUUCAGUAUGAACAAAGACUUGAAGAACAGGAGCAGCUACUUGCAUGCAAAUUAAAGGAAACACCCCAGAGCCAGCAAGACAACUCUAGGGUUAAAGACCUGGAAGCAGAACUCAAGGACAUUAAGGAAGCCCAUCAAACUAUUGUAAGAAACCUUGCAGCAGAAAUAGAUGUCCUUAAACGUCAGAAUGCUGAAUUAGAACUCAAGAAAAAUGACACAGAUGAUAAAGAUUUCCAGUCCAUAGAAUUCCAGGUGGAACAGGCCCAUGCUAAAGCGAAACUAGUAAGACUAAAUGAAGAGCUGGCUGCCAAAGAAAGAGAAAUUCAGGACCUUUCAAAAACUGUGGAGAGGCUCCAGAAGGAGAGACGCGUGAUGCUGUCCAGUCAGCACGCAAAGGGCAGAGAAGAAGUGAGCGCCAAAAGGGUGAAGAAAGACGUUCUGCACCCAAAUAAAGGAAGUGCCAACUUCUCUGGAAGCCUGGAUGGCAAGCUGUACCAACCACAUGCUUUUACUGAUUCCCACAUUUCAGAGGUUUUACAAGAAAACUACAGAUUGAAAAGUGAGCUAGAGGAAUUAAUUUUGGAGAGGAAUAAGCAGAGGAUGGAAUCCGAAGCAGCAGUGAACCAGUAUGAAAUCUCCAUGAAAAGGGUCGAGGAAGACACUGCAGCACAGAUUGCAUCCCUCAAAGCAUCCCAUCAGAGGGAAGUAGAGAAACUCCUCUGCCAAAAUGCAGUUGAAAAUUCUUCUUCCAAAGUAGCUGAACUGAAUCGUAAAAUAGCAACUCAAGAGGUCCUUAUAAAACACUUCCAAAGUCAAGUUAAUGAGCUCCAGGGUAAGCAGGAGUCUCUCGCAGUUUCUCAGGUUCGAGAAGAAAUCUUGCAGAAAGAGAUUACAAAACUCUUAGAAGAAUUGAGAGAAGCCAAAGAAAAGCAUACACCAGAGAUGAAACAUUUCAUGGGCUUAGAAAAGAAAAUUAAACAGAUGGAAAUAAGACAUAAGCAGAGAGAGCAGGAGCUUCAGCAGAUAAUACAGCAGACAUACCAAGUAGUAGAAACUGAGCAAAACAAAGAAAUUGAGAAGUGGAAAAGACUUGCACAGUUGAAGAACCGUGAGCUGGACAAGUUCCGCACAGAGUUAGACUCGAUACUGGAUGUUCUUCGGGAGCUGCACCGGCAGGGGGUGGUUGUGCCAGUUGCUUUUGCAAGUGAAGUGAAUGCACCAGAACUUUAGUAGAAACUCAGACUUCAGAUGACCUUGCUGAAAGGCCUGAAGAUCAAUAAAAUUGUACACUUUCAGGACAGAUUUUGAAAAAGGAGUUCCAGUAUGUUGCCAGAAGGAAACAACACAAACACCAUUUCAGAAUAAAUUACCCAACAAGGAAAGUAAAAAAGCAUCAUGACAUCCUCCUGAAGGUCAUUAACUGGUCACCUUUUAAAUGAUCUUAAGUCAGAUGAUUAUGAUCUUAACAAGGUUCAUUGUAAAAGGUCUCACCUGUAUGCUAGAAAUGGGAAGAAAAUUGCACAUAUUCCCACGUAUAAUUAUUGACCAGGUAUGCAUUCGAGACAGAAAAGCAGCUGCUUUCUUAUGGAGCUGGCCAGGGGAACGUGAGCCCAGUGGUGUGGACAGCCUCAUCAGCUGUCGGCUGAGUUAUACAGCUUUGUCAGUAAUUUAGGUGAGAAUUCUCAGCUUCCUCACAGGCUGACAGUGAGUUUUCUGUGUUCUAGUUUUCUAUGCCUUCCUCUGGGUGACUCUUUUUGGACGUGGUAUGAAGUGAAAAGUAUUAGGGAAACUUGGUGUAUCUACUGCUUUAAUCUUUUAGGCUGCAGUACAUAAAUGCCAGCCCUAAUUUGUUUGUAACUUUAAAAUAAAAAAACAGUACAGUAACUUCUACCUUUUCUAUUGAAAAGAAAUCCAUUAGAAAAAAAUACAAAUAUGUAUGCGUAGCUACUUUAUAAUUCUCAUUUCUAAAAAGAUAGAAAAAAAAAGCAGAUAGGGAAUAUGUAAGAGAUAGGUCAAAGCUAAAGCAAAUUUUUUUUUUAAGAUUUCUAGCCCAGGACUGUCUAAUAAUGGAGCCUACAUCUAAUUUUUUAAUUUAUAGUAGCUCCAUAUAAAGAUAAAAAUGAAAACUGCAAAGACCAAUUUUUGUAUUUUUUUUAAGUCUUCAGGAUAUGGGUUACAUGUAUAGCAUAUCUCAGUGUGGAUUAGCCACCUUCCGAGUGCCAGUGACUUCCUGUAUACCGGUAAGUGCAAUUCCAGGGUGAUAAUGACAAAGCAAAGUACUGUAUAUAAGACAGGAAAAUUAAAUCAUGGUGGAGUUGUGGUCAGUGGAUGUGAGGCACAGGUAAAUAUAAGGAAUGUAAUUAUUGACUCAAUGUCCAGCAUUUUUAAUAUACCUUUUCUAAGAGUAGAAGCUUUAUACUUUGCUGUUUCUUAAUGUGAAAGCAUUUUAAUUUAUAAUAUAAUUUAUUUUGAUUAUCUGUGCGUUUGUGUAGCUUUUAUUUGCAAGCCUACCAUUUGUACUGCGCGUAUUGCUUCCUUUGUCCUUUUGACUUACUCUAUACCUGUGUUCAUUCCAAGCACAAAUGUAACUGGUUCUGAAACACAGCAAAAUGCAAACAUCGAAUAUUUAUAGACAAGGUA